ACACUCCGGUCCAGUUGAUGGCGGUAAUACACCAUAAGUUGGCUUGUCAACCGCCAUUAAACACUACAAGAAGAAGAAGAAGUCAUUCAAAACAAAGAUGGCGGCGCCCGUGGCAGACACGGCGAAGAGUGCACACGUGGAGAAAAAGAAUAAGAAAAAGCCUGUGAAACGUUAUUGGGAGGUUACAGAAGAAACAGGGCAGAAGAGGCAAGACCAGGACAAUCCAGACCAGACCACAUCAACAAAAGACACAAGACCAUUGAAAAUAAAGAAGACUGGACAGAGCCAAUCAUGGAAAAAUGACCCUUUCCCUGGUGAGGCCCCUAUACCACAGAAACAGCUCCAGAAGUUUCAGAGAGGAGCUAAACAUAAAGUGCCUGCAGGGGCUCAUGGGAAGCUGAAGGAGGCCAUUGUGUGGUCUAAGACAGUGUCUGAACUCGCACAGAAACAAGCUGCACGAUACGAUCUCUUACUACCAGAAGAUGCUGGUUUCUUGGAAGGAGAUGAUGAUGAAGACACAUGCAGGAUCUCUCAAGAGGACAUUGCAGAUGCAGUCGACAUCACGUCUGGAUCAAAGUACUUCAACUUACAUCUUACCCAGUUUGGACCAUAUAGGAUUGACUACAGCAGAACUGGACGGCAUCUGCUGUUGGGUGGAAGGAGAGGUCAUGUGGCCUGUAUCGACUGGCAAACCAAAAACCUCACGUGUGAAAUGAGUGUCAUGGAAACAGUGAAUGAUGUUAAGUGGCUUCACACAGAGGCCAUGUUUGCUGUAGCCCAGAAGAAGUGGCUUUACAUCUAUGACUCGAAAGGCACCGAGCUCCACUGUGUGAAGAAAUUCAAUGACGUCUUGAAAAUGCAGUUUCUGCCAUAUCACUUUCUUCUUGCUACAGCGAGUGCCACAGGGUUUCUGCAAUACCUGGAUGUGUCGGUGGGUAAAGAGAUCGCAGCCAUCUGUACGAAAAUGGGGCGGUUAGACGUGAUGUCACAGAAUCCCUAUAAUGCUGUCAUUCAUCUGGGCCACCCAAACGGUACCGUCAGUCUGUGGUCGCCCAAUCAGAAAGAGCCACUUAUAAAGAUGUUGUGUCAUCGGGGUGCCGUUCGUUCCCUAACAGUGGAUAAAACUGGCACGUACAUGGUGACAUCAGGUCUGGACAGAAAGCUCAAGGUGUAUGACAUACGAGCUUUUAAACCUCUUCAUUCAUACUUUCUGCCUGCUGGAGCCUCUUGUCUAUCUUUAAGUCAGAAAGGACUGCUUAGUGCUUCUACUGGAGAUGUUGUACAGGUUUAUCAGAACGUUUGGGGAGGUAACCCUGUAUCCAAACCUUACAUGGCUCAUCGUGUGCGAGGGCAGGUGUGGGGUGUUGCUUACUGCCCUUUUGAGGACGUUCUAGGAAUUGGACAUGGACAGGGCUUCACCAGCAUGAUUAUACCAGGUGCGGGAGAACCAAACUUUGACGCUCUCGAUACAAACCCGUACCGCAGUGCUAAACAGCGACAGGAAUGGGAGGUCAAGGCUCUGCUGGAGAAGGUGCAGCCGGAGCUGAUCAGUUUGGACCCUACACAGCUGAGUAAAGUGGACCAGGGCAGCUUUGAGCAGAGACACAAGGAAAGAGUUGAGGUUUUGGGUUAUGAUCCAUUGGCAAAAGAAAAAUUUAAGCCAAGGACAAAGAAGAAGGGAAGAAGCUCGGCUGGAGCGAUAGAGAAACGAAAGAGGAAAGUGGCCCACGAGGAUCAGAGGGAUGUAAUUCGACAAACAGUAGAAGAGCGAAUGGAGAAGGAAAAACAGCAAAAGGAGAAAUCCAGUGAAAGCAAAGAGUUGAGCAAGAAGUCGGCACUCGACCGUUUUAGAAAACAGGGCAAAUAACACUCAGUGCACAAAGACACCUACUUUUGUGAUUUUUGACAUUUUUUUUGUUCUCUGAGUGUCCAUGUUUUGUUUGUUUAAUAAAAAAUAUACAGAUAUAUAAGUUA